GAAAAGUAAUUUUUAGACUCUUGUUUUUUGUAGGCUAAUGUAAAUAGUGGAUGUUUUUGUGAUAAAAAAAAAGUUUUUUAAAAACACUUAAUUAUAAUUAAAAAAAAAUCAUUCAGGCUAUGGUAUGAGACGUAGGCUACCUGGGUUGGGCCCAUGGGAGCAAGCUGAGAAAACUUUGACAGUUUAGCAUAGACCUUCACCUUUUUUUUUUUUUUUUUUUUAGCUCUAAGCUCUUUCCGACCAGGAGUGGUUGUCUAUCACCUUACAUAGAAAUUAACAAAACGUUGGAAAACAUUUCAGAUUCGCCUGCUACGGAAUCUUAAAAGAGUCUAGUAUGCCUACAUAGGUCUGUAAACUAUCAAACCAUAGCCUAGAGUUCCAUCGAUGUUAGCUAUAUGACUUAUUCUUAAGGAGAGUUUCAAUGGUUUUGCAAGGUCGGAGAACAAGCUUUAUGGCCUGUACUGUUCAAUAUAGGCUAUACCCUUACCUUAUAGGUAUAUAAGGUCUUAUAUGUCUAUAUAGUAUUCUAUCUAUUUGACAUCCUAAUACAUCCAGCCAAACACAUUACUACCGUCAGAAAGUGGACAGAAAAACAAACUGCACUCAAUUACAUGAGUGGAAACUAGUAGAACUAGCCUGCAUCAGCCCCAAUUUGAGCUCGAGUUAGAUUACCAAGGAAUGUAAGCGCAUCUUCGUUUGGCAUAUUUGGCAGGUUCAGAAAAAAAAACAGCUUACAAAAAAGAAACACACGACUACUUCACUGAACUCAAUUUUAAAAGCCUCCUUAUUACUUGGCUGGUCAACCAUUCAAACGAUGUGGUUGUUAUAAGGCCUAUUUUUUUUAAAUAAUUUAAUUACGUACACAACGAGCAACAAUAGUAUUUGUGACAACAUCUUUGGAAGACUGCAUAUUCUGCGAAGGAGAAAAAUCUAUUUUAUUAUCACGUCCGGCCCCGUGUCGUCGGCUUUCGUGCACUUUCAUAGGUCGGUGAGAGCAAGACGGCGGAGGGGAGCAGCAAGUUAACGAGUGCGCCUGCGAGACUGCGCUACGACGCGGGGGGGAGAGAGGUCCAGCUGCAAAAAAAGACAUGCUGUAACAAUGGCAGCAUCAAGCACCUCGUAGAUGGCAGCGAACACCGGGGGAGAGACGUGAAAAAGGAGUGGAAUAGCAGAUGCCAUGAGUUCGCUUUGACGCUUGGAAAAGCCAUUGCUCCCGGGCGUUUUAUUGGAACAGGAAUUUGUGUUGUAAUGAAAAAUGGAGCGUCGGAGCGAAGAGAAGCGCGCUGCUGUCUCCAUCGCUGAUGGAAGAGGCGCGUCCACCUGCUAACACCGGAGGCCCGGGCUCGGGGUGAACCAUGGGGAAGUGCCUGCACUGAGUAGGAGAAAUAGACACGCUUAUACCGUUAUAACAGGCGAAGGACGUUUUUUUUUUCCUGGACAGGGGCACAAGACAUCGCUGUUUGGCUGCAUUUACAUGUGGAUCACGUGAGCAGGACGGCAGUCGGGAAACCUUGGGGAGCUGAUGCUGAAGCCGUUGCCUUGGGCGCUGCUGCUACGGAUGCCACACUUCUCUCGUCCUCCUCGGCUGUCCCUCUGAGUAUCGCUCACCGGGGACUGACUGGACCCAGACCGCCGCAGAUCACCCCUGGAAGCUGCUGAACACCACAGCACAGCACCACCGGUCCACACCGCCAGCGAGCCCGGUCGAUGUGUCCCCGGCCCAUGCCCUCUCGUCCGCCGUCAUCUCUUGCGUCUCUGAGGCUGUGGUGAUUCCCUGGUGCUACCCAGAGGACAGCUGCCAAGCCCCUACCCCCCUCCCCUCCCCCAUCCAGCCCCCCACCCCACGACCACCAGUCCCUGCCAUGGAGCCGGCAGAAGCCGUAUCAGUCCUGGGGGAGGACUGCCUCCUUCCCCAGAGUCGCUCCGACCUGGGCUGCUUCAUCGAGACGAAGGACGACACCACCCCCUCUGACUCUGAGCCCUGCCAUCGUGAGUUCGAUACCUGCCCCAUAGUGGACAUCGGCAUGCAGUGCAUGAGCAGUGGAGAAACAGGGGGCUUUGAGGAACCGCUGCUCUCAGACCAGCUGCUGAGUUUCCCCCUGCCCAAACCUAUAUCUGCCGAUAAAAAGGCUGGGGACAGGACGACGGACAGUGACACGGACGACCCGGCGACCAAAAACCUGUUUGAGGGUCUGCUCCUUGACAAGUGCACUGGGGAAGAAGUGCUUCUCGCCAACACGACCCAGGAUUGGGGCUACAUCGAGUCCUUCAUCAGCGAGAGCAAGAUGGAGCUGCUGGACUUGUGCUCCAAGAAUGAUCUGUCUGUGAACCUCUUCUCAGAGGAGGACGUGGACAACUACAUGUUUGACGAUGACGACGACGAUUCCACACUGAGCAGCGAUGUGUGCUCUCUGAAGAUCCGCUACGAGUCCUUCCAGGACAACAUGAGGGAGAAGACCAAUGUGCUUCAGGAGGAGACUCAGUUCAACUUCUUCCCCAGCGUCGUCGUCAAUUGCCCCAAGAAGGAGGACGGCACAGCAAGGAGGGGUACGAAGGAGCUCCCCCAUAGGCCCGGGGAGGAGGAGGAAGAGGAAGACCUCGGCUUGUCAGAUGAGGGUGAGGGUAAAACAGAGAGAUGUAACAGCCCUGGAGAGGGAUGCUCCCCCGACUACAGCCCCAAAAUUGAUUACUUCAUGGACUCCAGCAACUCAGCUGAGGAUUCGGGAGAUUACAGUGACGACAGCUCCUGCACCGGUUCCUCAGUGGAGGCAUUCCCAGAUGGAAAACCCAAGCGGCAGCUGUCACGGAAGGGCGGUGGAUCGUCCAAUCACCUGAACUAUGGGCUCCGGGCCAAGAGAAAAGUGCGAUACAGCGAGGACUACCUGUACGACGUGGACUCCAUCGAGAGCGAAAGGAACGCUGAAAAGCGUGACAAGCAGGUGGCGGGUCAAAAAGAGGAACGGGACGACGACUGGUGCCCAAAAAAGAGACGGAAGUCCUCUCGCAAAGAACCGCCGGUCAUAAUCAAGUACAUCAUUAUCAACAGGUUUAAGGGAGAGAAGCACAUGUCUGUUAAGCUGUUCAAAAUGGAUCCAACUGUCACAACCGUGAGCUUAGACACAGAAGCAAUGAGCAAAUAUGAAAAGCUGGCUCCUCUGAAGCUUUUCUGGCAGGAGCAACAGAGGGAGAGAGAGGAGCAGCUUAAGCUGACUCUCAGAGAUAAACCCAAUUUCCAUCCAAACGGUCGCCACCGACCCUUUAGUUCCAGUCCCCCGAAGAGGAAAUACAAGUUUGCAAACAGAUUUAGGAUUCAGAGGAUUCAAACUGUGGAGCAAUCUCCCACGAGGCAGGGUUCCUCAGCCUCUGCAAGCGAAGAGUGCACUGGCACUAAAGACGGCACUGUGCCCGCAGGAAGCCCAUUACCGCUUUUGGCGCCAGGCCGCACGGGCGCAUUAGACGCCGGUGACAUCACACACGCUGCCACGCCAAAGAGCCGAUCCCAGCAGAGAGAGGAGAAGAGGAUUGGCAACAAAAUCGUGCGGAUCCGCAAAUUCAAAAGUGAGGCCAGGCUGCGGAGCAAGAAAUUGCAGGGCACGGCGCAAGCGGAUGAGGAGAGCGUGACGAGCUCGGCUCCUCCUCCGCAGCAGGCCUCAGACUCCUCCUCCUCCACAGGCCUGGAGGGAGCAGAGUCAACCUCUGUACAGGCCCCUCACAGGCUGGUGGAGAGUCAGUCUGUGGAUGCAGGUGAAACAUUCGCUUUCACGCCUGACCUCUGCACCCCCACGCCCAACAAUCCCACUCCCCCCGCCGAGGCAGAGGCUGACGAUGUCCCCGUCAUACCCGGGGGAUACCUCCAGACGCUCCUAGAUGGCUCGGAUUCGUCCAGUAGCGCCAGCAUCGCUUAUUUCCCCCAGCAGACGGGCCAGCAGUACCCUGCGCUGGGCCUGUCGGUCGAGGAGAAGCAGUUUGCCUCACUUCAGCUGGCUCAGAGCUGCGUUCUCUCCCCACCCUCCGAGUCGGAGCUGCAGCAGUCGCCUCAGAACUGCACCAACUUCACCCAGAUGUGGCACUCCCAGCUCUGCCACAACCAGCAGUUUGCACCAGAAAUCCCCGAGACCCCCAUCCUGCCUGAGGACUUCGCAGAGACCCUGCCAGUGCCAGUGUCUGCAGAAGACAUGGCUAUGCCUGGUUACAGCCAGGUGAACCUAGAGGGCGACAGAGUGCUGUAUGAAAAGAACUACCUGCCUGAGCAGCCGAUGCAGCCAGCAGAUGGCGACUUCCAGACGUGCCAGUUGCCCUGCGUGGAUGGGCAGCUGCAGUUCCAGCGAGGGACUCUCAACACCGACCAUGGGCGGCUCACCAGCUUCGACUCGAUGGGCUCCCUCUCGGUGGCCUCCAGCAGCUACAGCUCCAUGAGCAUGAAGUCGUGUGAGAAGGAAGGGGGCGAGGAAGACACCAACGGCGAGACCUUCCUGGCCCACUGCAGCCCCAAGGUGGUGAUCCAGCAGAGCGUGGAGGCCCUCACUCCCCUGAGGGAGUCCACCGACCUGUUGGACAUCUCCAACUUCACCCCAGACAAGUUCCGGCACACGUCCUUGUCUGAGCUCUCCCCACCUGAAACGCCCAACCUGUCUCCCCAGGUGAAGGGCAGAGAGAUGAAGAUCGCUGGUGGCAAAGCCCUCGACUACCAGGACGUCAGCGACAACAUGACGUGGAACUGUAACAUGAUGGAGCAGGCAGAUCAUGUGGCCGCAGGCGCAUACACUGGUGACAGCCAUCAGUUUCAGAUGCACGUUUUCAACAACACCAACGGAGCUGGUGGCGGCAUAGGGUUGGAUGACAAAGUUACAGGUGCAGCCGAUUUCAGUGCACAGGCAGCUGAGGGGGUGGGUUGUGGGGCUGUGAAAGGCACAAAGUCGAAGAAGAGAAACGGGGGCAAACAGGCAGCAGGAGAGGGGGGUAAAAAGGCCCGGGCCCCCAAAGCUGCCAAGGCAGACAAGGGCAAAGUGCCGCGUCAGAACUCACGGUCGUCCAAAAAGCUCAAAGCCCACCUGGAGGAGAAGGCUGGGAAAGGGAAGGCGGGCGCGUCAAAUCAGGCAGCCGGGGACUGGCCUGGCAUGAGCUGGCCAGACGGAAACGGGCAUGCCAGCGUUGAUGACCAGCGUGAGUUUGAGGAGCCAUCCAACAUCCUGUCCAACAUUGUGUCUGGCAUGGCGGAGGUCCAGCGGUUUAUGAUGGCCUCCAUUGAGCCACUGUGGGGGCCCGCAUCCAGUGUGUGUGUCACCCCAGAUGCCAACAGCCUCAAGCUGAAGACCCUCAAGAUCCUGGCUGGCACGACCCCUGACCCCAAGAAGAAAGGAGCUGCGGGGUCCGGGGGCACCAAGGGCAGAAAGGCCGGGGGCAAGGGGGCCAAAAACCAGGCCAAAUUCAACCCCUUCUUUCCUCAGCUCGCUCUGGGCUGCAACAUGUUCGAGAAGCCCAACCUCUGCAUACCCGGCAUCAACGGGCCCGCGCACAAAAAGAUGUACCGCCACAAAACCAGUGCAAAGUUCCCUCGGGUCGAAAACAUUAAGGGGAAGCGAGCAGAACGAGAACGAGAGCCCAGUAAGGACAUAGAACUGAUGGCCUCUUUUGAAAAACUGAGGUAAUAUUUUGUAACUAGCUGCUGAUGCUCACCCUGCCCUCACUCCUCCCUGCUUUUUGCUCAAACCUUCUCCCCUCUGAAUGCAGACUUACCUGCACAGACUCGAUAACAGAGUUGCAUGGAAAACUACACCACCCACAAUUCCUGUUUUUGUUUGCCCCUGAAGAGGACUCAUAUCUUGCAUGACAAACCUAUUUGUACUUGCAAACUACCUAUUGUGUGCUUGUGUGAAGCUUGACUGAGAAUUGACCAUGGCUGCUUUUUCUUCUUGCUUUUGCUGUUUUUUCCCUACCUUUGCUAUUCUAUUAUUGUUGGUCUGAGGAAAAAAAACACCCUUUCAGAAACAUUUAAAAGCCUCUUUUGUUCGGAAAUGUCCCUUUUUUGUUCUUUUUUUAUGACCAAACCUGCUGUCUGCUGCCCUCAAUAACGUAACAACAGUAUCUUCCUAUCUUGAAACAUGUAGCUAUUUGAAAAAAAAAGACUCUUAAGUGAAAUGUCCGCUCCACAUUUGUUUUUGUAUGCAGAAAAUGGAUGCCCCCUUCUUGCCGUCUCCCUCAUACUGCCUGGCUCAAAGCACGGUGGGAAGGUUCAACUUCCGGUGCUGAAGCCGACGUCCGCUUCUGUGUGACCAAGUUGUCAUAAAAAAUGCAUAAUGGGACCAUUUCAUAUUGAUGACAUAUCAGAUAAACAUUUUGUCCUAAUUUUUUUUAAUUGUUGGAAUGAUUUCGUUUUUUGGUAUUAUGACCUUAUACUUUUACUGUUUUUUUUUUUUUUUUAAAGAACUGGUGUCUUAAAGUAUAUUCAGUCAUUUCAUUAUUUUAAGUCUUGAUUUUUGUUCUCAGUGUCAAUGUACAGAAAUGCACUAUUUGCAUAUAAGGAGAAAAUACUGACUUCUAAAAGUUAAUGUGCCAAAUGUAAACUUGCUGUGUAAACAUUUCUAAUGACCAAUAUGAACAUAGGCUUUUCAUAUCUAUACUUUGUGUGAAGAAAAAUGAAGAAAACAACUUUUAUUGUCUUAGUACUUUUUCGGAUAGCUGACAUUCCAGAGUUUUGUCCUUUUUUUAUUUGGAGUAUUUGGACCCCGUCUGUAGAAACGCACCUGCAGCUGACAGUGGUACACACCACGCAACCAAAAUCACAAAGCCCUCUGGAUGUCCGUCCUUUCCACUCUGUUUGCCAGAUUUAAUUUUACCUCAACAUCACAGUGGCUUUGGAACAGGAAAUGGGAAUCUGAAAGAAGACUCAAAACUAAAACAAGGGGCUUUAAGAGACCAACUAGAGCUUGUACCUGCUGUUUUGCUAAGGCAGAGAAGGCACAUUAUCUGAAUGGAUGCUGAUGCCAUGGCAUCACUGACAAUGAACUAUAUGUUCUCAGUUGGGAUCCCCAAACAUCUGUCACAAACAUGGAUUCAUUGAAAGCAAUGUUGGUCAGGAUGUACUGACAUGAAAACAAGGUAAAAUUGCACCCCUGGCUUCUGUUCAUACCUCGCCAAGCUAUUUGUGUUAAUCAUGGUCUCUGCAGUAAUUUGCAACACACCUGUUUGUUUGGCUUCACGAAGGACCCAGAGACCAAACCCAUUUUAUUGUACUCAUUCAUUCUUUUAUCACUACAUUAUUGAUAUUUAUGUAUUAUCUAAUGUAACUGAACGAAAAACAACACUUAUCCAAGCCUGUUUCACAGAGGAUUCAGCACUAGGUUGCCUUUUAUCUAAAUCAUCUUUUAAGAUUUUUUUUGUGGCGUUAACAGGGUGAGCCUUUGAAGCUCUGCAUGAAAAUCAGACUCAGUAGACACCACGAGGACAGUCUGAGCGUGACUGUGAAAAACAUUAACAUGCUUUUUUGGUGUUCAGUUAAACUAUGUUGAUUGCUUUUUCAACAGUGUGCAUCUGUGAGCUGUGCCAACCAACGAGAUAUAUUUGAAUGCAUUUACAACUUAUAAUCAUUUUGGUAACUGAUCAAACACUGUUCUCUCAGAAACUGCAAUCGAGUUUUUAAAAUUUUGCUUGCUCAUUAAUGCAUGUUUUUGAAGUUAUUUCUUUAGCAGAUAGAAUGAGGAAAAAAGCAAAAAAGAUGCAUGAAAUUCAAAAUGGCUUUGUUUGUUUUGUUUUUUUUGGUUGCUAUUUUCGGGUGUGUGUUUUGCGGUGAAUUGUGAUCCUACUUGUUUUUGCCUAUCGCUCUCACUUAACAGCAUGCUAAUUCUCAGGCCUCUGUUUUGUUCAUGUACACAACUCUCUUUCUCUCUCUGGACUGACAGCAUCUUCUAAUACCAGCUACAUUUGUGUCUCACACACACAUUCACACACACACAUACACACACACACUGGUUUGUUCACCUUUGUCUCGUUUUACGGAUGGCCUUGGGUGACGGCCUGAGAGAGCCAGUUAAAAAUCAUAGAGGCAGAGGUAGAAUGGACAUUUCUGGAACAGUCCUGGCCCAGCCUUGUACCCCCGGCUGGGUUUGUGAGCAUUCGAUCUGCCUCUGCCCCCUCUCUGAGCUCUCUCUGUGUCAGGCCGGGUCUGGAAUCAGGAGAGGCCGUGAAAAAGGAACCCGCACACUGGGCCUUGUGGUCCGUUUGUCUGCCUUCUCUCAUCUCUGCCUUGGGUCGACUGAAUGUACUUCUACGAGUUUUUUGUACAAUGUGCCACUGUUGAGCUGCCUCCUCUAAAUGGUGCUAAGAAAGCAAACUGAAAACUCGUUUUUCCCCCUCUCCCAGAGAUAACAAAAUAAGAAUUACAGAAGAGAGAAAAAAACAACCCUCCUCAUGAAUGUAUAUGAUCUUGUUAUAUUAUGUUUGAUGUAUUCAUGCCAUGAUUAUUUGACAUUGAUUGGAAUUACUUUUCCCAUUUUUUCGUUGAAAAGAAUAUUGAGCUUUAUAAAUAUUGUCUAGAGUUGUUAUCAGAGGGAUUCUUAAAGAGCUCUUGACAUUACAAAAUAUUGUAUAUUUUUCUGUGUGCCAAUUUGUAACAUAUUUUGUAAGUGUCUAUUUUUCUUAGAAAGUGCUGUGAAGUAUUUGUGUGUGUGUGUGUGUGUGUGUGUGUGUGUGUGUGUGUGUGUGUGUGUGUGUGUGUGUGUGUGCGUGCACGUGCACGUGCGUGUGAAUGUGUGUUUGCGUGUUUGUGUGUGUGAGUGUGUGAGAGUUACCUUUUUUGGGCCUCGGUAGGCUGUGAAAAGGAUGUACAAUGACAAGUUUCUGGUUUUAAAAACCAAAAUAUAAAAUGAUUACGGAAUUAAAAGAAAAAAAAACAUUUUGUUGGGAGUUUUGUAAUAAGACUUUGAUCUUGUCGUAAGAGUGUGUGUUGUGUUACUGUGAAAAACAGAAAUAAGCAAACAAACAAAAAACAAGGAGAAAAAACGACUUCAAUUUGUGAUCUAUUGCUGUUUUAUAGAUUUUCAUGUAAAUUAUUCUAGUAUUAUUUUGUUUUUGUUGUAACUGUUGCAAAGGUUUUAAAUAUUUGUGAUCAAGCCUGUAUGGUGAUAAUGUAAUAUUGUUAACUUGCUGAGUUUUGUAAUAAUGUUUAUGGAGUAAAUAUACAAAUUAAAUGAGAUUUUGAAUGCAA